GAGCUGUCGAAAGAGGGAGAGAGGAGCAUAUCGCCUUCUGGAGCUUCUCAUUCUGUCCGCCUCAUGUCGUGAAAGUCACAGAGAAUCGAGAUCCGAUCCGAAAGCCGGACAUUCUACACUAAAGGGUCUGUGGGGGCAGAGUCUCUCCGGGGGGGGCCAGAAGUGAGUGCAGCCGGAGCGCUCCGCUAUGGAGGGCAGGGAACGACAGAACGAGAGAAAGAACGAGUGGAGGAGAGGAUUCACACAGCCGGAGAACACACCUUUCCACAGUUAAACCCAAUCACACGUCUGCCAUGUCCACCUGGCCCGCGCUCCUAUUGGUCUCCCUCUGCCUGUGGGAGGAGCUUUGGGGAGCGAAGGUUCUAAGGAGGCGGGGCCUGGGAGAUCACGCACAAAUGCAACUGGACAGGAGGCCGGCUGAGGCUGACCAAUGGGAGGAGAGCAUUGAGGAUAACGCGGUCCCGUUGGUGGAGCUGAGCGAGCAGUCCCACAGUGCUCAGGGGAAGCUCCAGGGCGUCCCUCAGGGGUCUACACCCAAGAAUAGGUCCGUUUAUCAUCGCCCAGGCCCCGGGAGAGCGGCGGGGGGCCCCAGGGCCAGAGCCGGGGCCAGAGACGGGGCCCAGCCCCCUCCUGUCCGCUACAAACAGGACUGCCCCCGCACCAACCUGACCUGCUUCAGCAGGACCGUGACGGUCAGAACCGGAGUGCGACCGGACACGCCCGCCCUCGCUCCGGAUCAACCCCAGGCCCGGCGCAACUCCAACAGGGCCCCGCCCAAAUCUGCAGCCAGGCCCAAUCCGGGCAGGCCGGAGGGCGUGGCGAGGGGCGGGGCGAGGGGCGGGGCCAGUUCUGCACUGCGCGGGGUAUUGGACCUGGACGCUGUCACUCAAAACGCACUCUCAGAUGGGCCCCGGAAAGAGACGGCCCUCCACAGAGGGGCCGGAGACGAACGCAAGGGGGCCCCCGAAUCGAUGCCUCGCGGGGGCCACUUCCUGAAGCUGGAGCCGGGGCCGGGGGUGGGCGGGGCCAGGGGGCGGGGCCUGGUGUUCCAGGAGGGAGAGGAAACCCGGAGCCGGAGCAGGAGGAGCUGGAUCUGGAACCAGUUCUUUGUGAUCGAGGAGUACAGCGGACCUGAGCCUGUGCUGAUCGGCAGGCUGCACACAGACAUGGACCGGGGUGACGGGCGCACUAAGUACGUGCUGCGGGGAGAGGGGGCGGGCUCGGUGUUUGUGAUUGACGAGAAGACGGGGAACAUCCACGUGACCAAGCCCCUGGACCGCGAGGAGAAGGACGAGUACCGCCUGAUCGCCACGGCGACGGACCGCCAGACGGACCGGGCGCUGGAGCCGUCCUCCCAGUUCAUCAUCCGCGUGCAGGACAUCAACGACAACCCGCCGCUGUUCCAGAGCGCGCCCUACAGCGCCACCGUGCCCGAGAUGGCCAACAUCGGUACAUCCAUAAUCCAGGUAACGGCGACAGAUGCAGAUGACCCUACCUAUGGGAACAGUGCCAGGCUGGUGUACACACUGGUCCAGGGACAAGAGUACUUCUCUGUAGAUCCUCAGACAGGGAUCGUGCGCACGGCGGUGCCGGACCUGGACCGGGAGACCCAGGCAGAGCACCUGCUGGUCCUGCAGGCCAAGGACAUGGGGGGCCACCUGGGGGGGCUGUCAGGGACAACCACCGUCACCAUCCACCUCAGCGACGUCAACGACAACCCGCCUCGCUUCAGACAGACUCAGGCGUCGGACCUUGACGCAGGCGUCAGCUCGCUGCACACAGAGUUCGGUCCCCAGUCUCGCCAAAGCCGCGGCUCCUGUCGUUCUCUGUGUCGGAGCUGGCAGUACCCGGGGCGGAGGUGGGGCCGUCUCUCAGCAACAGAUGCAGACCUGGACGACAACGCCAAACUGGAAUAUACCAUCCUGGAGGGCGAAGGGGGGGACACCUUCAACAUCACCGGACUGAACCAAGAGGCCAUCAUCACCCUGAACAAGAUGUUACUAAAGCAGCAUUCAUUCAAAAUUGUCUUCACACUACUGAAAGUAGAGAAUUGCAUCUAA